AUGCGUCCAAUCAAAGCACGUGAACAACUUGUUAUACCGGAUGAUGUUAAAGUUAGUGUUAAAAGUCGUGUUGUUCAAGUAACUGGUGCCCGAGGUAAACUUGUACGAAGUUUUCGUCAUGCACGUGUUGAUAUUUCAAUGCCAAAAAAAAAUUUAAUUGUUGUUGAAAAAUGGUUCGGAACAAAUAAAGAAAAUGCUGUUGUUCGUACCAUUUGUUCACAUAUUAACAAUAUGAUCAAAGGUGUUACAAAGGGUUAUUGCUACAAAAUGCGUUCAGUUUAUGCUCACUUUCCCAUCAAUACUGUUGUUACCGAUAAUGGUCAAGGAGUCGAAAUCCGUAAUUUCUUAGGUGAAAAAUUCGUUCGUCGUGUUAAAAUGCAACCAGGUGUGAAAGUUUCAGCAAGUACCAAACAAAAAGAUGAACUCAUUUUGGAAGGCAAUGAUAUCGAACUUGUGUCGCGAUCAGCUGCACUUAUACAAAUGUCAACAGCAGUAAAAAAUAAAGAUAUUCGUAAAUUUCUUGAUGGUAUUUAUGUCAGCGAAAAGUUAACCGUUGAUGAAGCAUAA